UGCUGGAGCAAUUCGAUUUCCAAGCUUGGAGCUCUCCGCCAACCAGUUCUCCUAGACUCGCUUCUACUCCGUGCCUGGUCUCCCCGUCAUGGGGGACCUGAAGUCCAAGCUGCGAGCCAAAAUUUCGCGGCGGCACUCGGGCAUCCCACCGCUCCCUUCGGCCGCGAAACAGGUCAACGAUAGCAGCAACAACUUUGGAGAGUCCGAUUCCGCCAAGGCUGCCGAGACCGCCGCUGACGCCCCCGAGCGCCGGCAAGCCAGGAGGCUGUCAGGCGCGCAAUGGACCGAGAAGUUGAGACUGGGAGCGAAACAUCUCUCGGCAGUAGUGACCGCCGACGUCAACGACGCAAACGAUGGCAACAAUGGCCCCGCGGCCGCGGCCGCUGCUGCUGCCGCUGCUGCUGCCGGCGAAAAUGACCCCGGUGCCGAAAAUGCCACUAACGUUAGCUGCUCGGUGCCGCCUGCUCCGCCCCGCCCUGGCAGCGACGGGCCCGGCCAGCAUCUGGACGGAAAUGAUCGUCCCUUCCCCGACCCCAGCACGGGACUCGCCAGCAACACCGACAGCAGCACUGCUGCCGCCGCCGCCGCGGCGGGCCGACAAUCGCGAACGUCCCCAGAGCCGCCAUUGACCGGCCCCACGCCCGCGCCCGAGGACGAAGCCAAGACCGGGGGCUCCACCGGCACUGUCCGCAGAACCCGCCUCAGCAACCGGGAUCGGCCAGUGAGCUCAGACUCCUCCGCACCCUCCAACUCGGUGGAUCCGACAUCCAACCCUCAAUUGCGUUCGUCCACCUCGCUCUCCCGUCCAGCGCCGCCGCCGCGACGGCAGAGUCUUCUGCCCAGCCGACAGACGACGCUGAUCCGGACGCUGCUGAGCUCCGGACACGCCGAUAACCCCGACCAGCCCUCCUCGGAACAAUUGCUGCCCAUCAGCGCAAACAUGGUGACGCGCAAGCUCUGGGUCAAGCGCCCCGGCGGCUCGCCGACCCUGGUCACCAUUAACGAGGAGGAUCUGGUCGACGAUGUGCGCGAGCUGAUCCUGCGCAAAUACGCCAAUUCGCUCGGCCGCCAAUUCGACGCGCCCGACCUGACGCUGCGCCUCGUGCCCCGCGAGGGACAAAGACAGGAGCGCGUGCUGGGACCGGAGGAGCCAAUGGCGCGCACCCUCGAUGCAUACUUCCCCGGCGGCCAGACGGUGGACGAGGCGUUGCUCAUCGACGUCCCGCACCGCCGCACGCCGCGGGCCUCUCCGAGGCACGGGCCGCCGCAUGCCCAGCACCUCACGUCGGUCAGCUACGACGAUAUCCGGCCGGUCGACGCCGGCAGCACCGACUACUUCGGACCCGGCGCCAUUGCCCACAUUCCCGUCACCAUUGCGGGCCCGGCUAACGGCACGACCCAUUCGAUAUCGGUCUUGAACACGGGCCAGGUCCCUCAGAUCCCCUCCCCCGGUGGGACCUCGCGAUCGCGACAAUACCGGGAACGAUCCGAGCGGCCACGGCUGGGAAGGCAGCACACAUCGUCUCCCACGAUUCUGAACGUGGUCGGCGGCGGCGGCCACACGGCCACCAUUGCCGUCGCUGCAAGCCAUGGUAUGCACCAAGCGCACUCGAUGCCACGGUCCCGGACUCAUUCCAACGCUUCUUCAGAGCAGGCCAACCCUGGACAGUCGGCACCAGCCGCUCCGUCGCUGCCGACGCCUCCAACCCAAGAGCCGGCGGUCGUGCCCAUCGCGCGAACCGCCACACCGCCGCCCAGGGCCGCGUCGCCCCGACCCCCUCCAACAGCACGGGUGAAGAAGAAGAAGACGAUUGACGCGCCGGCGCUGCCGGCGGGGAUGCUCAACGGCGGCGUGCCUCCCAUCAACGUCCUGAUUGUGGAAGACAACAUCAUCAAUCUGCGCUUGUUAGAAGCGUUCGUCAAGCGGCUCAAAGUGCGCUGGCAGACCGCCAUGAACGGUCGCGAGGCUGUCACCAAGUGGCGGACGGGCGGCUUCCACCUGGUGCUCAUGGACAUCCAGCUUCCCGUUAUGAGCGGCCUCGAGGCGACGCGCGAGAUCCGCCGGCUCGAGCGCACAAACUCGAUUGGCGUUUUCUCGACGAGCAGUCAUAGCACCGGCCAAACGCUGGUCGAGCCGCAGGAGACGAAGGGCGAGACAGCCGAGGAGGACAAGCUCCAGAAUAGGGAGCUAUUCAAGAGCCCGGUGAUCAUCGUCGCCCUAACGGCGAGCUCUCUGCAAAGCGACCGCCACGAGGCGCUGGCUGCAGGUUGUAAUGAUUUCUUGACCAAGCCUGUCACGUAUGUCUGGCUCGAGCGGAAAGUCAUGGAAUGGGGGUGCAUGCAAGCCCUGAUCGACUACGAUGGCUGGCGCAAGUGGAAGUCGUACUCUCAGAAGCUCGAGGGCGAAGACGGCGCCGGUAAGAAAGCAAAAACCAAGAAGAACCGGAGUGUGGGCCCGAAUAGCUCCUCCUCGGAAGGACAAUAACAAUCAUCCCUCGGGGUGAAGAUGCCAGACCUACAGAAACUUUAUUUACGGCUUGCACUCGCGCCGAGUCUUUGCUUGCUUGCAAAGA